AUGGCCCCCACUGCUUUGGAACAGGAGAACCACACUCGCGACGCCGAGUUCAAUCGCGCGCUCCAUGGAAAGUCUGCUCAGUCUCAGGGUGGCUUUGCUGCCAUGCGUGGCAAGGAUGCUGCUGCGCAGAAGGCCGCUGUCGACGAGUACUUCAAGCAUUGGGACAACAAGCCCGCUGAGGAGGAGACUGAGGAGAUUCGCGCAGCCCGCCGUGCUGAGUAUGCGACAUUGACCCGACACUACUACAAUCUGGCGACCGAUCUGUAUGAGUAUGGAUGGGGCAGCUCUUUCCAUUUCUGCCGCUUCAACCAAGGCGAACCCUUCCUCCAGGCCAUUGCCCGCCAUGAGCACUACCUCGCUCACCAGAUGGGCAUCAAGAGCGGCAUGAAGGUUUUGGACGUCGGCUGCGGUGUUGGCGGUCCUGCCCGCGAGAUCGUCAAAUUCACCGAUGCCAACGUGACCGGCCUGAACAACAAUGACUACCAGAUUGAGCGCGCGACUCGUUACGCCGGGCGUGAGGGAUUGAGCCACAAGCUCAACUUCGUCAAGGGCGAUUUCAUGCAGAUGAAAUUCCCCGACAACAGUUUCGAUGCCGUUUACGCCAUUGAGGCUACCGUCCACGCUCCCGAACUUGAGGGUGUGUACAAGGAGAUUUUCCGUGUGCUGAAGCCCGGUGGUGUCUUUGGUGUCUACGAGUGGCUCAUGACCGACGAGUACGAUAAUGACGACCCUGAGCACCGCAAGAUCCGUCUGGGUAUCGAGCUUGGUGAUGGUAUCUCGAACAUGGUCAAGGUCUCCGAGGGUCUGACCGCCUUCAAGAAUGCCGGUUUUGAGCUCCUUCACAACGAGGAUCUGGCUGAUCGCCCCGAUGCCAUUCCCUGGUACUACCCCCUGGCUGGCUCGUGGAAGCACAUGACAUCGCCCUGGGAUUUCUUCACCAUUGCCCGCAUGACAUGGUGGGGUCGUGGUAUCGCUCAUCGUUUCUGUGGCGCCAUGGAGAAGAUCGGUCUCUUCCCCCAGGGCACCCAGAAGACCGCCGACAGUCUCGCUAUUGCCGGUGACUGCCUGGUCGCUGGUGGUCAGAAGAAGCUGUUCACGCCCAUGUACCUGAUGGUCGGAAAGAAGCCCGAGUAA